AUGGUAACUCCAUCCAUCAACUCCGCAGAACCAAGGGAAAACCUCUUUUCCUAUACUAGUGGGCGUUACAUAUUCAACGAAAAGCUUCGCUUGAGCGAACGAUAUGUUGAAUUUAAUGUCAAAGCACUGGAAAAGGUGGCUGCGAGCAGCGUUGGUAGGACCGCCGUCAUCCAUAUGAGGAAACUCGCGGAAGGUGGUUUCAACAAGGUCUUUCUACUCACCAUGGAUGAUGGCUUAGAGGUGAUAGCCAAGAUCCCCUAUCCGCUCACAGUCCCCAAACAGUUGACAACUGAAAGUGAGGUUGCGACACUUGACUUUUUACGUACGAAAGGGAUGCCUGUACCACGAGUUUACACGUACUCUUCGGACAGCGACAAUGCUGUGGGAACAGAGUAUAUAAUCAUGGAGAAAGCUUCUGGACAGCCAUUGGACCGUCGUUGGUUUGAUCUGACUCCAAAGGAAAGGGUUCAUUUAGUAACCAGUUACGUCAAUAUCGAACGGAAACUUUUCUCCAUCCCAUUUGGAUCUUAUGGCAGCCUCUACUAUAGACAUAGUAUACCUCCAAAUCUCUAG